CAAAAUAUGCGCCUCUCCUUCGCAUCGCAUCUUGAUGUCGCGGAAGAACCGUGUUCGAAAAGUCAAAUCCACGGACGCGGACGCAGAGUGUGGAAGAGUGGCCAGCAGGAGAAGAGCGAAUCGCUGUGAAUAUCGACGAGGGGGAGUAGCGAGCAAGUAUUCCUUCAAAUACACAUCGCAUCGCGUAGAAGUAGCAGCAGGCCGCGAGAAAAAGACCCGCCGAACUGGACUCAAGUUGUAGCCCUAGCAUCGUUUGACGGACAUUUUUGCAUAAAAAGUGCAAUUUUCGGAACGGUCCUGUGCGUCCGGGAGUGAUCGUAUCGGAACAGAAAUAGUGCCCGGUGGUAGUGCGAAUUUUUACCUUCCAGUGGACGUUUAAAUAGUGGAAAUCGGUCGCGGUUCAGUGGGGCAAAAGCUCGCUGGAAAAUUGUGAUACUGCAUGGGGUGCGCUUUUUGCGGAUCGCCAUUUUGAACGAAUUCGGUUUUGUGUGGCGCUCUUGGGUUUUGAAAUUACUGUGGUACAGUUUGUGAAAAGUGGGCUCAUUGGAAGCUGGGAUUUUACCUUCGGAUCAGGUCGAUAGCGGGAGUUCGGUUUAGCAUAUUUCCCAGCGGGGGACGGUUCAUUAUCCGGGUCCGCCAGGAUGGCCCACCAGAACAAACCGGUCAGCAUCGUGAUUCAGGAUACCAAUGGCCAACAACAAGUUCUGCAUGUAAUGCAAACGGCAUCGACUACUGGCCGCCCACUUACGUCGGCCAGCGUCAAGACGAUCGUUAAGGAAGUGACCGGACAGGAUAUUACAGGACAGACUUUUGCUACCCCUGUUAUGCAGAAACUAGCGCCUGGCCAGAAAUUCAUCACAGUGAAUAAUCCAAAAUUACAGAUCGUAAAUUCAUCGACAGCGAAAAGCGUCAAUGGUAAACCGCUGGUGCGAUUCUCACCUUCACAGUUGGGUCAGCUCAAACUAAUCGCGGCUCCAGGACAACUCGGAGGAACGCCUAUUGUCGGUAAAAAUCUAACCGCCAUGCUGGCGCCUUCAUCGUCGAUGUCUACAUCGACGUCCGCAGUGACGGGGCAAAUGCCGUCAACGUCUUUCAUAAGCACAAACCUGAUGACCAGCAAUUCGACGCCGGUUCUGUCGACUUCGUAUGUGUCCCAAGCGCAGUCAUCUACCAUGGUGGCCACCGCCUCCCAUAGUAACUCAAAAGGAUCUCACACCCCACACCAAAACCAGCACCAGCAACAACACCUGCAGCAACCACAGUACAACUACGGCAAGAAAGCCGCCUCAGCAGCAGCCACGGCCACUGCCACCAGUCAGAUUCACACGCCGGCCUCGCGACGGAGAAAGACUGACAAGAUCGGCCGCGGCUUAAGGCAUUUUUCCAUGAAGGUCUGCGAAAAAGUGAAGGAAAAGGGCAAAACCACGUACAAUGAGGUGGCCGACGAACUGGUCGCCGAGGAAACCCAAAGCCAUCCGGGAGUCGAUCCGGCUUCGUACGACCAGAAGAACAUCCGCCGGCGGGUUUACGACGCUCUGAACGUCCUGAUGGCGAUGAACAUCAUCUCCAAGGAGAAGAAGGAAAUCCGCUGGCACGGAUUGCCGACCAGUAGCGUGCAGGAGUGCGACGACCUGGAGAAGGAAAACGAAAGGGCCCGCGAACGGAUCGAGAUGAAGCAGCAGCAGCUGCGCGACCUGAUUCUGAAACAUGUGGCGUUCAAAUCGCUCGUCGCCCGGAAUCAGGAAAACGAAGACCGAGGUCUGGUGCCGAACCCGAACUCUGCCAUCCAAUUGCCAUUCAUCAUUGUAAAUACGGAUAAGAAGACUUACAUCGACUGUAGUAUUUCGAAAGACAAAACCGACUACACGUUCAAAUUCGAUAAUACAUUCGAGAUCCAUGACGAUCUGGAGGUGUUGACGCGGAUGGGACUGCUGCUAGGUCUAGACAAAGGAAAGUGCACGGUGGAAGACAUCUCCAAACUUAAGUCGAUGGUUCCAAAGUCUUUGGAAAAGUGCAUCGAAGUGUACGGCCUCGGCAUGGAGAACGAAACCGAAGACUGGGAAAUGGGUUCGACCUACACGGGUGGCGGUCCGGAUUGUGAUGACAGCGUCCAGGAUGCUACCGAUCUGCUGUCCAGCUAUCAGGACAACACCAGCGAACUCAACGAUGACGACUUGAUAUCCGAGGAUGGACAGGAUGGUUAGAGCAAACCUCAAUCCAUUCGCCCUGAGCAAGGCGUGGUCUGGACUUCGCCACAUUGUCAUUGUUACGAAAUCCUUCCCGGUAGAUAUUCGAGGAUGUUGUAGUUUAGAUGUUCGUGAGCGCUCUCCAUGUACGCAUGCACCCAGCCGGUGUGGAACCCCAUACAAAGUUGAGAUGGAUUUCGUUUUUUUUAUUUCAUUGAUUGCUUACUAUUUUUAUCUUUGGAUUGAUUCAGUUAAGGUAGGUAGAAUGUUGGGCAACCUUAUGUCAUGAACUCAUGUAAUCUCCGGGAAGGAUGAGUGCAAUGCAGUGCUAAAAGUGAGUAGAAAACAACGUUUUCUAUGGACAGCGUAUGCGAGAAUGGAAUGUAACAUGGUUCCAAAAGUGCUGAUGUUAAUAGUAAGACACCCAACUAAGAAGAACAUGCAUACAAUGGAGAGUUACAAUAGCACGCUUUCCAUUUCAUCAAUUACAAACAAAAUAUUAUUCCUAAGCAAAAGUGCAACACGCAAAACUGAAAUCGUUAUCGUUAGAAACUACCUAUUGCAGCCUAAAAAUGUCCUUAAACGGUAAGGACACACUGGAAUGAGCAAAUGCAAAUUCGAUGGAAAAAUGGGAAUGAUUGUUUCUAUUGUGAGAAAAUAUGAAAUGCUUGAUUUACUAAUGGGAAGUGCAGCGAAGAUGAAUUGAUUGGUUGGCCUGAAGAAAGAAAAAAAAUCGGAUAAAACCCCUAGUUAAUUAUCUAAUGCACCGAAGAGUACAGAAGAAUCGUUUACAUUUGACUUGCUAAAUAACCAUCCAGUACUAAAAAACACAGGUGAAAAUAUAGCUUGAAUGCAGAACAAAUGUUCGCAACUAGGAACUAAACGGAACACGUACCUAUCCGAAUCGAAUCAGAGGCACCCUUUGUGCUCUACUGGCAGACACAUCCCAUUUAAAUACCAGAAAACAUCUCAGGCUUUUAUUUCUUUUUACAAUCGAUUAAUCAAAAGUAGUUUUUUUGCAUCAGCAACAAACCAUAGCUUAUAUAAGGGACAAAAAUCAUACUUAGUAAUAACCAUGAAGCAGAUGUUAAUUAUAGCAUGCCGUAAGUGUCAUAUUUUUCAUACUGUUUUACGUUUUACAGACAAUAUUACCUUAAUUUUGUUGUAGCCAAUAUAAAAAAGACAUUUUUUCCCUUCGUUUAACAAGGUAACGCUUUUCGAUCUCAUCAGCUAUCAUCCAGCAUCGUAACACGCGCGGAUCCCCUUUCCCAUCGCCAUUCAAGAUAGGCGUAAAAGUAAAAAAAACACGAACAUCAUUAUUAAUCAACUAUUGUACAUACCGGUCGAAAAAAUAAUUAUAAUCUAUUUCUCCACAAUCUGUAAAACUUUAUUCGAACGCAAAUAGCACACAGAUAGAUAACAUACUCAGACACAAACCCGCACGCAAACUGAACAGCGGUAGUGGAUGUUUUACUGUGGAAUACAAACAAACUAAACAACUAACGAGAAAUAAGAAACAAACAUUGCUUAACUUUUGGCCGAUGGCCAAUGCACGACAGAGACACACAAACAUCCUAACUAUUGGUAAUGUCGCACUGUACAACUCUGAAAAAUUGUUUCUACUUUCUAUCACAUGGAAGAUGCAAUGGUAAAAGAAACCUCUAACGCGAUCCGAAGUAACGUUUUGUUCUUUGUUUAUUUUAUAUUAGUUUACAUAAUCUAUAUAGACUUUAUUUUUUAUUUUCGCUACUGAUAACCGAGAACGACUGUUUGUACUGAUUAUCAUCGGAAGUCGAAUUACGAUUGGCUCCCAGGGGCGAGAGCCGAACCUUUCACCCCCACUAAAUAUAUGUGUAGUGUAAAACUUAUAUAUUUUUCUAUUGGUUAAGCAAAAUUUUACGUUUUAUUUUUAUUUUUUGCUAGCGUUGUAAUUCGUGACGGUGAAUGAUGAAAUCUGACAUUAAAAGUAUAGAAGUAGUUAAA